AUGGCAGAUGAUAGGCAGCUUCAUGUGGUGAUGUUCCCUUGGUUUGCACAAGGCCAUAUAACACCCUUACUAGACCUAGCCAAGAGCCUCCUCACUUCUGGCCUCAGAAUCUCCUUCGUCUCCACUCCGGCUAACAUUGCAUGGAUUAAAAAGAAGAUAGUGCCCGGAAUUGAGCUAGUGGAGCUCCAAUUGCCAUCCGUGGACGGUGUGCCUGCAGGUGUUGAGUCCACGAAAGCGUUGUGCUGGACUCCUUGGGUUGCCGACAAAAUGGGCAUCCCCACCAUAAAUUUCAUGGUAGUUGGCAUGGCGUCUAUGAGUUUUGCAAUAGGACAGCACAGGCAACGACUGCCCGAUAUCCCAACGACCAAGGAUCUGACUGUACCGCUACCCAGAUUCCCGUCAUUGGUUAUCCGCUUUCGAACCUUUAAAGCCCAGAAGGAAAGUAAGGGCCUCACCUUCAUGAACCGCCUUUCUAUCUCUGUGGAGGAAAGCUGGGCAACGCUUAGCAAUACUUGCCGAGAGUUGGAAGGAAAAUUUGUGGACUAUUUUAAAAGAAGCACCGGGCGGUUCAUGUUUCCCGUGGGAAUUUCCAUGCCUAGCCUGCCGCCUCAGCUUGAUGCAGACCGUUGCUUGGCCUACCAAAUGGGGGCUGAGUUGCACAGAGUGUCUGAGGAUCGCACCCCUAGCAGAGGACUUGGGUUACAGAGCCUGAGGUUUGGAGUACCUAUUGUUUCUCUUCCAAUCCAGUUCGAACAGCCUUUAGUUGCUAGGCUAAUUGCUAAUGAAUUGAACAUGCGAGUGGAGGUUAAGAGAAACGAGGAUAGUUCUUUCACUAAGGAGGACAUAGCAUCCUCUUUCACUAAGGAGGACGUAGCUAAAGCUGUCAGAGCUGUGAUGGUGGAGGAAGAAGGCAAAUGGAUUAAAUCCAAUGUCGAGGAAAUUAGCAGGGUGCUGACCAGUAACAAUUGCCAAUGGCAGGGUGGGCCGUGCCCUAACCCUAGCCACUGGCGGAUGGCACACGCGGGCCGCACCACGGUGGUGCCCGCAGGUGCCGCGGCACCCUGCGGCGACCGCCGUGGGCCGCAGCCGAAGCAACCAACACAGAAUAUAGAAUAUAGAAUAUCAGAUGACGAUUUGGGUGAUUCGGAUGAUGAAUAUGAUGAAGGAUACGACACAGAGGCGAAUGUUGAGGUGGACCCCCAUACCACCGAGUCGAGCAAGCGUAAAAGGAAAACCAGUUAA